AUGUCUUUUUGCUCCACCGGGGAUGACAAGGAGAAAUCAUCUCCGAAAUCCCGCAGGUUCAAGAGGAGUUAUGUAGCGUGCGUGUCAUGCCGGGUCCGCAAGGUUCGAUGCAUUAUCGACGGCGACCCUCCGUGUGCAAAGUGUCGCCGCGAGCACCGGGAAUGCGAAUUCGAUCAUCGGCCCAAGGCCCCGAAACAGAGGGAGCCUCCCAAAUGGGCGAAGAGAAACCAAAACAACCGUGCGGCCGCAGUCCCACCAGAAGACGGGGAGCAAUGGAUUCAGCAUCAUCAUGGCCAGCCAUCACAGUCAGAUCUUGUCGCUGGCCCUGGAAUACCUCCAAUAGAUGGAACCACGAAUGCACACAGAGUAGCAGAGGAUGCAGUCCACGCGCGUGUCUCCCCUCGAAGUCAGGAGUUACUUUACAACCGGGUCAUAGCGACACCUCUAACCGGGACCCACGACGCCUUAGAGGUGCUCUCCGAUGCCGUUCCGCGAGGAGAACCAGGUGUGGAUGUGGGAACCCGGACGAUAACGCCCUCACUAUCACACAAUUCAGUCCCUUCGCCUGCUCAAGGACCUACAGCCAUUCCUACUACUGGCGGGGGGCUUGGAUUCACAGUAUCGGUUCUCUCAAGCCCUGAGGAGGCGACACUUGACUUGUGGGACAGGUCAAGGUUUGUCCGUCAAGGGUGGUUCACAGCUCAAGAAGCUGUCACAUAUAUCGACCUCUUCUACAAAUAUCUCUCGCCUUUGUCCGCGGUCAUUCUCGAUGACUUCUGCAGCCACUCAACCCAUAGUAGAUUGGUGACUGAGGAAGCCAUGCUCUGCUGCACAAUCCUCAUGAUUUCAUCCCGCUUCUUCAUACUGCCCGGAGCGGGGGGGCUCUCGCGGUCUCAUUUGAUACACCACCGACUCUGGAACUUCUGCGAAUCGCUGAUCAAGCGCAUCAUGCUCGGUCAAGAAAAACAUUCGAGUUGGAGAAUGAGAGUUGUAGGUACCAUCGAAAGUCUCAUGCUUAUAUCCGACUGGCACCCUCGGGCGAUACACUUCCCACCUGAAACAGAGGGCUGGGACGUAUUUCUUAUUUCUCCUGAUUACGACCGCACCAAUCGUGUAAGAAACCAGGGCGAGGAGCCUCUGAUUCGAUGGCGCGAGGACGUAUUCGAGCCAGCCAAGAGAGCAAGUCGUAUGUCUUGGAUGCUCCUUGGUAUGGCCAGUAGUCUCGCGUACGAAAUCGGGAUAUUCUCCAGCCCAGACCAGCAGAAGGUAUACGACCCCUUGGACUCGAAUGGACAAAGACAUCUCCGCGUUCAGAAACUUCUCUACACAUAUAUUUCUCAAACGGCAAUCAAGCUGAAUUUGCCUUCCCCCUUCCCUGACAAUAUAAUCAACACAGCCUCCCAGUCCACCUUCGAUCUGUCACUCCCCCCGUCGUAUCAGCCAUGGUCAGCCUACAUGGACCUCAACUCCGAGCUGACUCGACUGUCUCGCACAGCCUCCAGCAUGUUUUUCCAGACGCCUGCCCAGCUUCAGGCGAUUGUCUCGGGCGGUCACCAUCUUGAACUUCUUGAGCAUUUCUCUGGUUCCUUGACUCGCUGGCUAGAGAGAGCUGAAACACUAUUCCACCGUCAGCCCUUGCGGGACUGCCUACUCAUUGAAUACCACCACCUCAAAAUCCUGACCGGCGCCGUCGCUAUCCAGUCUGUGGUUGCAAAGGCAUCAGUAUCAGGCACAGACAGCAACGCCAAAAUCAUAAAAGACAUCAACCUUGCUACGUUUUUAACCCCGCGGGACGCCAAGUUCCUGCAGCAAGUGAUCCGAGAUUGCAAAAAGCUGCUCCAUAUCGCUACACACUCCAUUUUCCAUACCCAGUUCCCGUACGCACCGGCGCGAAUCAAGAUUAGUGUAAUCUCGACUUCAGUCUUCCUUCUCAAGGCCCUGAGCAUCGGCUCAUCUAGUGCAGACGUGCACCAAGCAUUAGAGUCGCUAGAGCAGUGCACCCAGAUGCUGAAAUCGUCUGCAAUAGACGACACUGACUUUGCCAUGCGAUAUGCUACGCUCAUCGAAAAACACACGGCAAACAUCCGGGAUCGUCUCGUUCCAAAUUCACCUUCAUCAGGCUCUAUGCUACGCGUCCCAGCUACGGAUGGGCUCCAGUCCCAAGAGACUGGCCUCCCUCUUCCAAUCCAAACUCUCUCGACUGGGGCCUUUAGUGAUUCGGAGAUUGGGGACUCAGUCAACUCCUGGAUAUCAUUCCCUUUUGACUCCAGCAUUGCGCCUUUUAACCAAGAACAAGACACUCAACUCUCACUUGGUCUGGAUCUUGACUCGCUAGAUUUUCUCUGGAAUCUACCUCUA